AGCAGGUAGGAGGAGCACUGCAGGUGAGUCUGGGCUCCGGUUACAGGUUUGGGAAUCUGUGCUCCUGCGAUAGAUAGAGGUGACAAUAUUGGUCCGGACAGAGAAAACUUGCAGAGAAGAAGUUAGAUUAAUCGUAUAUCUAAGUUUUUCUGCCAAAAUGAGCACACAACCACUUGCUAACAUUAGUAGGAAGCCUGGCUUACAAAUAUGGUCCAUCGAGAAACUGCAAAUGGUUCCUCUCCCUGAAAAAGCCUAUGGGAGCUUCUUUGAAGGUGACUGCUACAUUAUUUUAUUUAUCAAGCAAUCAUCCAGUGGCAUGUCCAGUGAUCUCCACUACUGGAUAGGGAAGGACUCAUCUCCGGAUGAACAAGGAGCUGCUGCAGUUUAUACAACCCAGAUGGACGACGCUCUAGGAGGGAGCCCAAUACAACACAGGGAGGUGCAGGGAUAUGAAUCUGCCACCUUUAAAAGCUACUUCAAGAACGGUAUUAUAUACAAGAAAGGAGGAGUUGCCUCAGGAUUUAAACAUGUGGAAACAAAUAUGUACAAUAUACGUCGCUUACUUCAUGUAAAGGGCAGAAAACAUGUCUCAGCCACAGAGGUUGACUUGUCCUGGAGCAGUUUUAACAAAGGCGAUGUUUUCCUUCUUGACCUUGGCAAAGUGAUCAUCCAGUGGAACGGGCCAGAAAGCAACAAAGCUGAGAGGAUAAGGGCUUGCUCCUUGGCCCAGAGCAUAAGAGAUGAUGAGCGAGGAGGACGAGCCCAGAUUGGCAUCAUAGACAAUGAAAAAGAUUCCCCUGACCUGAUGCAGAUAAUGAAUGCCGUGCUUGGGCAAAGAACUGGUGAACUGAAGGAUGCUAUUCCGGAUGAAAAGGCAGAUGAACUGCAGAAAGCAAAUGUCAGGCUUUACCAUGUGUUUGAAAAAGAUGGAGACUUGGUUGUGGAAGAAAUUGCAACAAAACCUCUGACUCAAGAUCUCCUGCAGCACGAGGACAGUCACAUUCUAGAUCAAGGAGGAGUAAAGAUUUUUGUUUGGAGGGGAAAAGAUUCCAGUCCAGAAGAAAAGAAAGCAGCUUUCAGUCGGGCAGUGGGUUUCAUACAGGGCAAAGGAUACCCUGCAACCACAAAUAUAGAGGUGAUCAAUGAUGGGGCUGAGUCAACCAUGUUCAAACAGCUCUUCCAGAAUUGGAGAGAUUUCGGGGAGACACAAGGACUUGGAAAAACACACAGUGUGGGGAAGAUUGCCAAGGUGGAGCAAGUUAAAUUUGACAUUAAUCAGCUGUAUGCCAGACCUGAUUUAGCAGCAGAACAGAGGAUGGUGGAUGAUGCUUCAGGAAAUGUGGAGAUCUGGAGAAUCGAAAAUCUGGAGUUGAAAGAAGUUGAUCCAAAGACCUACGGGAGAUUCUAUGGAGGCGAUUGCUAUCUGGCGCUGUACACAUACAUAAAAUCAGGCAAACCAAAUUACCUGCUUUACAUGUGGUUGGGUCGUCAUGCCACCCAAGAUGAAAUCACAGCAUGUGCCUUUCAUGCUGUAGAGCUGGACCGCAAAUACCAGGAUCAGCCAGUACAAAUACGAGUGACCAUGGGGAAAGAACCCAAGCACUUCCAGGCUAUCUUUAAAGGGAAGAUGAUUAUAUAUGAGGGAGGAACAAGUCGCCAGGGAAAUACAGAGCCAGAACCUGCAGUGAGACUGUUCCAGGUCAGGGGAACAGAUGAAUACAACACAAAGGCCACCGAAACCCCGGCCAGAGCCGCUUCUCUCAAUUCGAACGAUGUCUUUGUACUGAAGACCGAUACUGUGUGCUACCUGUGGUGUGGAAAGGGCUGCAGCGGAGAUGAGAGAGAAAUGGCAAAGACAGUGGCCAACAUUAUCUCCAUAAAAGACAAACAGACCAUCUUGGAGGGUCAAGAGCCUGAUGAAUUCUGGGUGGCCCUGGGUGGAAAGGCUCCUUAUGCCAGUGAUAAGAGAUUCCAGGAGACCGUUAUGCAGUACAAACCUCGACUCUUUGAGUGUUCCAAUCAGACCGGUCGUUUCAUUAUGACAGAAAUAAUAAAUUUUGAGCAGAGUGACCUUGAUGAAGAUGAUGUCAUGUUACUUGAUACUUGGGAAGAGCUUUUCCUAUGGAUUGGUAAAUCAGCAAAUGAGUAUGAGAAGAAUGAAUCCAUUAACUCUGCAAAAGAAUACCUGAAAUCUCAUCCUGCUAGCCGAGACAUGGCAACUCCAAUUGUUACAGUAAAACAAGGUCAUGAACCUCCUACCUUCACUGGCUGGUUCAGUGCCUGGGAUGCUCACAAAUGGAAUUCUGACUUAUCCUAUGAAGACAUGAAGAAAAACCUGGGCGAGGUCUCUGCCAUUACUCAGAUCAGUGCGGAUUUACAAAACACAAAUCUAAACAGCGCAAACAAGUUUGGUGCCCAGGUAAAAAACGAGGAGAAUAACAUAAAAGAUCCUGUGUAUCGGUCACACACCAAUGGUGGUUUGCCAAAAAGCAACGGUAAUUAUGCCAGUAACAAUGGAAGACAAUCACCAAGCCAGAACCUCCCUAAAGUAGAAAUACUGACACAGAGCAAUGGAAAUCAGGUCUUUGAUAAGAGUCUGCUUCUUAACAAACUUGCAGAAGAUCUACCUGACGGUGUAGACCCUAGCAGAAAAGAGAUGUACUUGUCGGAUGAUGAGUUUGCCAAGAUUUUUGGGAUGCCCAAAGCCGAGUUCUAUCAACUGCCCAAAUGGAAACAGCAAAACAUCAAAAAGCAAAAUGGCCUUUUUUAAUACCUAGAAUUUCUCAUUUUUCUGCCGCUUUUCCCCCCACUACCAAUAAAACUCACAUUGUGUCAUUUGGAGGGAGAAGCCACAUAUACAGUCAUUGUAUAAGGUGUAUGACUAUACAGAUCUAACAAUUUAUGAACAGUGGUGUCUUAGAAGAUGUGACCUUCCAAAUUUCAGUUAUUGUAUUGAUUACUUGUACUACACUUUACUAUUUAUCUGAUUCUUUAUAGAUAGAUGUCAAUGUGAGUAAGGAACCACAGUAAAAUAAUUAUAAAAACAUCUUCAGGACCACUGGCGAACAUUACAUAUGAUUUUACAUUGUUUACAAAUUAACUCCCCAAAACCCUUGGAAGUGAAGAGGAAAGGACCAUAAUGUGAAAUGGCAGCACUUCCUCCCCUCCAGUCACAAGCUAGGGCUACUGAGCUUUUGCAAAACUUUUGAUAUGUCAUAGCAACAUCUCAAAGGUUUUGAUUGGUAAGGGUUUCGGCAUUCAGACCUCCACCAAUCACUAGAAUGAGGUGAGAGAAGAACAGACAUAACGUGCUCUCUCUCCUCGCUGUAGGAGAGAAAGUGAGACAGGCUCAAUAGAAAGUCUAUGAGCCAGUCUCGAUUCUGUCUUCUUGCAGCAAGGAGAGACAGUGCUCUGUGAGCUCUUCUAGUAAGUGGCAGGGGUCUCAGGACUCAGACCCCCACUGAUCAAAACCUUUGAUAUGUUGCUAUAACAUCAAAAGUUUUGCAAAAGUAUAGGACAUGUUCUGUCUUAUUGGAUCAUCUAUGUGUUUUCCGCAUCCGUAUGUCCAUUCCGCAAAAAGAAUAUCCCACAAAAUGCGGACCAUGGACUCAUUGAAGUCAAACAAAAAGAUGGAUGGCACAUGGACUACAUUCGUAUUUGGCAGAUCCUUGAUUUGAGGACCAGAAAACAGACACGUUCGUGUGCAUGAGGCCUAAGCAUCUUUAGCUUGGAAAUUCAGCUAAGACUGCUGUUUAAUUAGUUCUCAACAUGGAAAGAUUAAAUAACUGAGAUUACUUUAGACAAGGGUUGAAAAUAUUGCACCUUUAAUACAUGCAUAUUAUUUCAGAAAUGUAUAAUUUUAUAAUAUAUAUAGUUUGCCUACUGCAUAUCCACAGAGUUUUCCAGACACCAGAACAAUUCCUCCCUCUGAGGGGAACAUUUUAUUCUCACAGACAUCCAUUAAACAUUUUAGUUGUCAAGAUAACACUGAUAAAUAUUGUCUAUUGUCUAUAUGUAUAGCUGAUCGUACGUUAUAGAUCAGGUCCUUUGCUCCAUAAAUCUCAGUGAUGUGCCCAUUGUGCAAGUCUUCAGUGACUGUUUUUCUAUUCUUUUAGUUUAAUCCUAAUAUGUGAUCCAGUAAACAUUGUGUAAAUUU